CACAUCACUAAUAUAGACAUACAUUAGUGCGUCCGAUAUGGCGGAACGGAAACACACUACUACUGCUCGGUCUUCAACAAGCAUGACCUCGCUGGCUCGAGCUCUUUCUCGCAGUAGGUUAAGUCAGCCUGAUGUGUUUCAGUCGCAGAAAUCUCUCAGCCGGAGCGCCACGGGUCAGAGCAGGAGGUUCUCCAGCAGCUCGGAGUCUCCUGAUAACAGCCCAAAUGUCGAGGCGAGGGUCCUAGUCAUAAACACCGGCGGAACCAUUGGCAUGACGUAUCAUAAUAACGUUUUGUCUCCAGAACCUAAUGCUCUUGUUGAAACUCUACGCAAGCUCCCUACUCUGCACGAUGAGCAGUACGCACAACACACCCGACUGUAUGACUAUUACAAGCCUCCGGAAAACACGCUGGUGCUGCGACUGUCCAAACAGAAUAAGAGGAUUGUAUAUACAGUUUUAGAAUACUCCCCCCUCCUCGACUCCUGUAAUAUGAGCACAGAUGACUGGGCCACUAUUGGAAAAGACAUUGAGAAACACUAUGAGCAAUACGAUGGUUUUGUCAUCCUGCACGGCACAGACACCAUGGCUUACACCGCCUCUGCCUUAUCCUUCAUGUGUGAGAAUCUGGGAAAGCCUGUCAUCCUCACUGGCUCACAGGUACCGAUCUAUGAGAUGAGGAAUGACGGGCGGGACAACCUCUUGGGGGCGCUGUUGAUAGCAGGACAGUUUGUCAUCCCUGAGGUUUGCCUGUAUUUUCAUCAUAAGCUGUACAGGGGGAAUCGUGUCACCAAAGUGGACGCUGGAAGCUUUAACGCAUUUACCUCACCAAACCUGCCGCCGUUAGCCAAUGCUGAAGUCGACAUCAAAAUUAACUGGGACACUGUUUGGCGAGCAAAUACAACCACCAAAUUCACUGUCCACACACAGUUGAACCGUAAUGUGGGUCUCCUGCGACUCUUCCCAGGAAUCACUGCUGAUACAGUCAGGGCCUUCUUGCAGCCUCCUAUGGACGGAAUCGUGUUGGAGACCUACGGCAGCGGGAACGCCCCUGAUAACCGCGCUGACCUGCUGGAUGAGAUCCGUAAAGCGACCGAGAGAGGAGUCAUCAUUAUCAACUGCACCCAGUGUCUCCGGGGAUCGGUCACUACCUCAUAUGCCACUGGCCAGGCUCUGAUUGAUGCCGGUUUGAUCGCUGGGUGUGAUAUGACCCCAGAAGCUGCUCUUUCAAAACUCUCCUAUGUGCUGGCUAAACAAAACCUCAGUAUCGAAGAAAAGAAGAAGAUGCUGAGUCGUAAUCUGCGUGGAGAGAUGAUAGCUGACCUGGGUGGAGCGAAGCUUUCUCUCAGCGACAGUCGCUUUAUUCAGGUUAUCGCCAAGUCCCUCAGCAUCAGCUGUAAAGAGGAGCUGGAAGCCAUACGAGAUGCACUAACUCCCACUCUGGUCUGCGUUGCUGCUAAGAUCGGAGACAUUGAAGCUUUGGAGGCCAUAAGGGAAAUGGGCUCUGACUUGAGCAUGGCAGACUAUGAUGGGCGCACUCCUCUCCACAUCGCUGCAUGUGAGGGGCAUCUGAAAGUGGUGGAGUAUCUGCUGAGUAAAGGGGCGACAGUCUAUGCCAGAGAUCGCUUUGGCGAUACGCCACUUCGCAAUGCUGUCCGCUUCAGGCAUAAGGAUGUUGUGAAGUUGCUGAGGAAGACUGGAGCUCAUUUUUCCCAGGAUGAAAUUGUUGAUGCUGGAACAGAGUUGUGCAGUCUUGCGGCGAGUGGCGACUUGGAAGGAUUGGAGACUUGGCAGCUAGCUGGGGCUGAUCUGACCAUGUGCAGUUAUGAUGGACAAACACCCAUUGAAGUGGCAAGAGCCACUGGAUGUGAGGAGGCUAUUAACUUCUUACAACAGUACCUGUUGGCUCAGUACCAAACUCAGUUUCAGACAGAUGAGAGUAAUGAGCCAGUAUUUGAGGGGGAUGAGGAUGAGAAUGGCGAGUUUACCACUUGUCCUUGAUCUCGAGGAGGCCGUCCUUCUGUCUGUCACUUUCUGCCCUUAUCAUCCAUCCAGUUGCUUAUUUUUAGCAGACGAACAGUAGAUUUUCCCCACUUAGACAAUUAUUAUCUUAAAGGGGUCAUAUGAUGCUAUUUUAAAAGUGAAUUAUUUUGAUUAUUGGGUAGUAUAGAAUAGGUUAACAUGCUUUAACGUUUAAGUUAUUGCAGCCCCUUUUUUCCCAGUCUGUCUGAAUCGUGCUCGUUUUUUCUAAACGUUGUGUAUCGGCGGUGUUGUACUCUCCCAGGUUCAGGAAGCUGUCCUCUCUAAAAUGUGCCAUGUACAAGCAAAGUUUUGGGUUGUACUGAUAAACCUCUGAAAGCAAAAGCAGUUUUGCUCACACAUCCAAACACAAAUGACGUUAACACUUCAAUUCACCGAAGCCUCAUCUUCUAACUUUGCGCUUUGUAACUUUGCUGAUCAUAUACAACUGAUCGCACAAACAGAUAUAUUACACACUAAAGGAAAACAAUGAAAAGCAUCAUAUGACCUCUUUAAAACAUAAAGAGCACAAGCCAUAAUAUUUUAGAUCCGUCCCUCUAAAACAGUGAGCAAUCAGAUAUGAAUGUAUGUGAUGUUGACAUUAAAACAAUCAUAUGUACAAGCACAUUAUUCAAAUUACAUUACAGUACAGGGUACUGUAUCUCGUGAUGUCCAACAAUAUGUAAUCAUUUAAAAAAAAACAAAUAUAUAUAUAAAUUUAUUGUUUAGAUUUCGAAUGAAUUUCGAUAUUUGAGGCUGUCAGAAUGGCUGUUAUGUCCUCAUCCAGUGUUUUUCACAUAUCAGAUUCACUAUUACCUCAGUGCUGUCACCUUUAUUGGAAUGUACUUUUAAUAGCAAAAAGUCAUAAUUGUAGUGAAGAGUAAGGAUGGUUUUACAAACUGUAUUUACAGAGAAGCAAACCAAACAAAGUGUCUGAUGUUUAAGAAAUGUUUAGUUUUCUGUUGAAAGUAAAAUAACUAAUUGCCCUGUGAGUGACUACACUGAAAACAAUGUUUGUGAACCAAAAUAUAGAGGACCAGCAGGUUAUUUAGUUUUGUUGUUCAGUAAAUCUGUGUUUUGUAUUCAUUCGAGGCAUUGUUGAAUUCCUCAGUGAACGUGUUUUAUUAAAGUGUUUUAAAGUGUUAAACCUCAAUCAAAUUGUUUUGAUCCAUUUUUUAAUUGUUGUUAUUGUUGCAAUAAAAAUACAAAAGCAUAUGGUUAUGCUUUUUAAAACAUGCAAAUUAA